AGGGAAGAGAGUUUCCCGGGCGGUGCGAUUUCGGAGGAGAAACAAACCCUAGACCCUUAACCUUUUUUGCUUCCUCUCUUCUUUCAGCCCAGUCGCAGGUCCUGCUCCUCUCUCUACAAAGGAAAACCUCCCAUUUUCUUCAGCCGCAGCAGUAGCAAUGAUGAACAACCAUUUCGAUGUCAGAUACGCCGAUCCCAAUUCCUACCGAGACCGCAGAAGUGAUCUAAUGGGGCCGCCAGCGCCGAUGCCUUCCUUAGGCGGCUACGGAGCUGGUGUUCCUAACACUGGCCCUGCUUUUGGAGGGCCUCCUGCACCGUUUGUCGCCGGUAGAGGCGUCGGCCCACCUGGACCUGGCCCCAUUGGGGGCGGUGGCGCUCCGCCACAUUUCUCGUCAGGCCCCCCUGGCAGGGGAAUGGACCCAGGCCGCGGCAGCGGUGGAAGGGGUUUCAAUGCCGGGAGAGGCGGCGGCGAUCGCGGAGGAAGAAUGUCGAAUGGUGGACGUGCUGGCCGGAGAGGCGGGUUUGAAGGGGGUCGUGGCGGGAGGGGUUAUUCGGGUGGGCGCGGCGGCGGUGGCGGUGGCGGGGGUAGAGGGUUUGAAGGUGGACGCGGGGGUGGCAGAGGCCGUGACUCGGGUCGGGGUGGUGGGAGAGGCUUUGGUGGGGGCCGGGGCGGGGGUGGUAGGGGUUUUGAUAAGGGGCGUGGUGGCGGCGGCAGAGGCGGUGGUGAUGGUCGGCGGGGAAAAGGAGAGUUGGAUGGCAUUGCUCUCCCGAGGGAGGAUUUUAGCAAUCUGAUCCCUUUUGAGAAGAGCUUCUAUGUGGAGAGCCCUUCUGUGCAGAUGAUGUCAGAACAGGAUGUUAUCCUUUAUCGCCAGGGGCGUGAUAUUAUGGUCGAAGGGCAAGAUAUUCCAAAGCCGAUUCGGUUUUUUCACGAGGCAAACUUUCCAGAUUACUGCCUCCAGGCGAUAGAGAAAUGUGGCUUUGUGGAGCCAACUCCUAUUCAAGCUCAAGGAUGGCCAAUGGCUUUAAAGGGUAGAGAUUUGAUUGGCAUUGCUGAAACCGGUUCUGGAAAAACAUUGGCAUAUCUGCUUCCAGCGUUGGUUCAUAUAAAUGCACAGCCACGCCUGGAACAAGGUGAAGGUCCCAUUGGCCUCGUCUUAGCACCUACCAGGGAACUGGCUGUUCAGAUUCAAGAAGAAGCUGCAAAGUUUGGAUCUCAUUCAAAUGUCAGAAGUACCUGCAUCUAUGGGGGUGCCCCUAAGGGACCACAGAUUCGUGAUCUUCAAAGAGGGGUUGAAAUUGUCAUUGCAACACCUGGUCGACUAAUUGAUAUGCUGGAAGCUCGUCAUACAAACCUGCGGAGAGUAACAUACCUUGUAUUGGAUGAGGCAGAUCGUAUGCUGGAUAUGGGCUUUGAGCCUCAGAUUAGGAAAAUCAUGUUACAAAUUCGGCCUGACCGGCAGACGUUAUAUUGGAGUGCCACAUGGCCAAGAGAGGUGGAGACUUUGGCAAGGCAGUUCUUACAAAAUCCAUACAAGGUGAUCAUUGGAUCCCCGGAUUUGAAAGCCAAUCAGUCUAUAAUCCAAAUUGUUGAAGUUGUGCAAGAGCAUGAAAAGUACCCCAGGCUGAUCAAACUGCUGGGAGAACUGAUGGAUGGGAGCCGGAUGCUUGUAUUCCUAGAGACAAAGAAAGGAUGUGACCAGGUUACCCGGCAAUUGAGGAUGGAUGGAUGGCCGGCUCUAUCCAUCCAUGGUGAUAAAAACCAAGCCGAGAGGGACUGGGUUCUGGCUGAAUUUAAAAGUGGCAGAAGUCCUAUAAUGACUGCCACUGAUGUAGCUGCACGUGGUCUUGAUGUUAAAGAUAUAAAAUGCGUGAUAAAUUAUGACUUCCCAGCGAGCCUCGAGGACUACGUUCAUAGGAUUGGAAGAACCGGACGUGCUGGUGCUAAGGGAACUGCCUUCACCUUUUUCACUCAUGCAAAUGCAAGGUUUGCCAAGGAUCUCAUUAAGAUCCUACAAGGAGCAGGACAGUCUGUGAGUCCGACAUUGUCCACCUUGAGCCGGUCAGGGGGAGGAGGUACUGGUGGGAAUUUCCGUUCAAGGGGACGGGGUUUUGGCAACCGGUCUUCGAUUUCUGGUUCUAAUACUACCCCUCUCGGCGGGGCUAAGAGGCAGCAGUGGUAGUUGAGGUAUGGAUUUUUAGAAGGAACUAAUCUAGACUGGUAUGUAGUUAAAUUUGACUGGCAUGUUCUUACUUUUUGGUUCUAGUGCGGUGUUUUUUCUUUUUCUUUUUUCAUCUUUCAGCUGGUGGGAAAAUGGCUAGUCAUUCUUGUUUUUGGGCUGCCAUGGGACAUGCCUGUUAGUUUCUGUAUUAGUAGUCUUAAAGUAAUUCAGAAAGUGUCUACACCU